AUGUGAGUCAGCGAUAGAAGGUAGCCCUUCCCAGCACCAGCGGUUAGCGCUGGCUGAGGAUGAUUGCUCUGUCAAUCCGGUUCUCCGCAAACAACCGAUCGGCAAGCUGUUAUGCAGAGGAACCGAUCGGCAAGCAGAGGAAAGAGCCUAG